AUGGGCUCUAAGCACACAGUAGACACUAAGAAUAAGAAAAGAACCAAAAAGGACGCAGAUGUCGGGCGUGAGAAAAAGGGUGGCAGCAGCUUAGAAUUGAAUAAUAACCUGGAAAAAGAGUCAGUGUCGGCAGAGGAGGAGGUGGAACAAGACGAGCAAAAUAGCUCUAGUGAUGAAUCAUCCGAAAUUAUAGAAAACGAACAAAGUGAUACUGAAGGGGAAGAGGAAGAAGACGAUGACUUUCCAAGAAAGAAAAAAUCUAAGAACAGCAAACAUGAUGAUGGUUCUGCUGGAUUUUCUACUGCAGUUAAUGCUAUUCUGUCAUCGCAUUUGAAAGCAUACGACAGGAAAGACCCUAUCAUGGCUAGAAACAAAAAGGUGCUGAAACAAAGUGAAUCAGAAAAGCUAGAGUACAAGGCUAGAAAGGCACUAUUGGCAGAAAAAAAAAAGUUAUUGGGCAAAGCCAGGAAGCGGGAUAUUAUUCCAAUUUCUUCUGGAGAAGAUAGGUCAGGAAAUAUUAGAAAGGUGCUUGAGAGAGAGACAGUGCUUAGAAAGAUCGCUCAAAAGGGUGCCGUGAAAUUAUUUAAUGCAAUUUUAGCAACUCAAGUAAAGACAGAAAAAGAAGUAACCGAAAAUUUAAGCGGAAUCAAGAAUAAAGAAGAAAAGAAAGAAUUGAUCACCGAAGUUUCCAAAGAAAAAUUUUUGGAUUUGGUUAAAGCUGCCGCAGGAAGCGACAAUGAAUAA